AUGGCAAGGGCAACGACGGAAUUGGCGCAAAAACGACGGGUCGAAUGUGAGCUGAUCGACGGUAUGGACAAGCAGAGGAUGACGGCGAUGUGCGUCGAGCUUUACAUCUUCGAAGCGCAACAUUUCGAGGAUGUCGCGCUUUGUAGGCGCUGGAGGGCCGCACAAGCCGCGCAAUUUUUCGCGACGGGCCGACUUGAUGGUGCACAGCUCCACGUGAAUUCGCAUGUUCGUCCGUCUUCCAAAGGGAUCAAGGGUCGUCCAAUUCUUUUACAGCCCGUGAAACUUGAGCCACUCGACUUGCCACUGCACUCCAACCCGCGAUUCGACUCACUUCAACACGCUGCUCAUGUCGAGGCCUCGGAAUUGGCUGAACGGCUCACGAUUUUCGAGCUGUGCCAGGCACGUUCCCGUUCUUUCGCAUCUCCGUGGCUGGACGAAUGGCAGAAGAACGGCGAGCCAGCGAUGAUGGCGGAGACGGCAGCCGCGGCCGCUGCUUCGGCUGCCGCUGCCGCCAAAUUUGCCGACGCGGCGCGCCGUGUGCGAGCGGCCUCGACCGCUUCGGAUGACCUGCUGAACAUCAAGCGCCAGCGUUUGUUGAAGGCGGACGGAAUUGUGGACAACACCUAUGCAAUGGGGCUACAGAUGCCGCCUCCGAUUUUGUGGCGCGAGCCCGGGACUGAUCACCUUCCCACAGCCCAGCCAGCCUCGACUUUGCCCAUUCAGUCGCUGUCACAGCGCAGCAGCGAAACGUCCUCCACGUCCGACGAGUCGUUCACCACCAUCCCACCCGGCCAGCCGUCGGGUCGUAUCGUCGAGGAUGAUAUCCGGGUGUUCGUCUCCGAUCUGCCACCUCUAGCUGCCGCAACGACCACGAGCUCUUCGACUACGCGCCGCUCUAUUGUUUCUGCGGUGCCUGCUCCUGUCGAAUUGCCAGACGACCGCGUCAACAACACCGUCGCCAGCCCCUCAGACGACACAUCCACCGACGACGCCUGCUACACCCAUGUCGGCGAAUUCUUUGAGCAGGUCGACCCAAAUUUCAUCCGCGUCUCCGUCCCAGCUGAUCAGCCUACCUGCCUGCCUACUGCUGCAACCGCUACGGGCGGGCCAGGACAC